AUGCAAGAAUGCAAGCUCGCGAAGCGAGCGAGCGCAAAUCAAGGUCGCAUGGGAAGACCACACCUGACUUCCCAUGCCCAAAUAUGGUCCGAUCGCGGACCAUCGCGAAGCUAUUACGUCGCCAUCACGCAAGACGCAUCGAUUCUCAAUACAACCAAGAAAGAAAUGUACAAUCUGAUGUGCAAAGAGUUGGAAGAAAAAUCAUAUUUAUUACCUGCUCGGACAAAUAUACAUCUUAAUAUCUACGGAGUUCACAGAGAUCCCAAUUUUUGGCCAAAUCCAGAGAUAUUUGAUCCAGAUCGAUUUUUGCCUGAGAAGAUCCAAAAUCGUCAUCCUUACUCGUAUAUACCAUUUAGCGCUGGACCACGUAACUGCAUCGGCCAACGAUUCGCUCUGCUAGAAAUGAAAGCGAUGGUAGCCCCUCUGGUACACAAUUUCUAUUUGGAACCCGUUGAUUAUUUAAAGAAUCUUCGAUUGCAAGUUGAUUUAAUACUUCGUCCUGCUCAUCCACUUUGUGUAAAAUUUGUACCUGUCUGCAAAAUAAAUGCAAGUAUACGUGAAAUAAAUCCAAAUUAAACGAAUAUCGUAAAGGCAAAAAAUGUUAUAAAAAUUAGAAAAAUAUGAUAUGCUUAUAA